GAUGUGUUUACUGCAUAAUAGGUGUCGCAUGGUCUGUAUUCUAUAUUAGCGACCAAAAACUUUCAUGUGAUGGCUGAGAUAAAACGAUUUGUAACUCUUACUAUCGAGCAAAGUUAUAAUAGACAUGGCUUACAUUUGGAUAGUCAUUCUGAAGAGGAGUUGGAUAACUUCAUACAUAACCCACAAAUAUUAUUACUUCAAGGCAGCAUAGCAAAAGGAGGUUCAAUUUUGCUUCAGACAAAGGUAGAAGAUGAUAAAACCAAGUCAGUGGUCUUUUAUAAAACAGCCCCAGAAGAAUUAAUUAAAGAAGAUGCAAUCAAUACUAUAAAUAUUAUAACUUUGACAAAUAAUGCCGCAGCAUCUUUGUAUCUGAUUUUGAAGCAAAUCUACUCACCACUGUUGUCUACUACCAAUGAUUUGUAUUCAAGCAAACUACAUCAGAACUUAACAGACCUUCAGUCUGUUUUAAAAAUUCUUACUUAUGGGAAAAAGGAUCAAGAUAUUAUUGUCAUACAAUCAGUGGAAGAUGAAAUCGACUACUGGAAGACUCUGGCUCAGAAUAAGGAUGCACAUAAAAAGGAGAAGGAAUCUGCCUCAUCCUUUUGUGAACUGUUUGAAGAUAUUAGUGAAGAAAUUCAAUCAAUGCCAUCACUUCCUAUGUCGGAGAUGCGAGACGCUGUGGAGAACGUAGGGGGAGCGUUGGAUGAUGUUUGGAGAAUCACUGUCAAACCCUACCCUCAGGACAGGAUGACGCAUAUCUUUGAUGUUGUGGGGCACAUGAUUUGUAAAAUAAUUGAAAAAACAUUCGGGAACGUGCAGCUGUGGGCGGUAAACGGAGACUCUAAAGAGAGCGAGAUCCUGACACUAAUCUCAGAGAGUCUCCUAGUGGUGGAGACGUGGACCGGCGCGUGCAGGUCGCUAACGGAGACGUACUGGCCGAACUACGCGCUUCACGCCUGGACUGGCAAACCUUAUGUGCCUACGUUUUGUUUGAACUUUCAAGAUCGACUGAAACAGAUUCACGAGAUAAGGUCGACGUACAACCAAUUAAUCAAGCUACUUACAAACGAUGAACGCGCAGAUUUAAAAACUGACCGAAUGUUUGAACCCUUUCAAGGCAUAAAUGUAUGGAUAUGUAAUGGACCAACUAAUGCAUGGGAUACUGCAGUCUCACGGUUUUCUAUGAACCUUCGACCAGCCGAAGCAAAUAUCUCUGAAAAAUUAAGACCUAGACUACACAACACUUCUACUAAACAGAUGCUAUAUGAGUUCAUGCGCUACAAAUCGCUGAUAGACAGGCCGUUGGUGAAGAUAGCGUUGAACAGUGAACUGGAGAUCUUCAUAUCGUCUCUAAUCUCAUUGCUCAAGUCCAUACAAGCACAGAUGGACUCUGAUGAGGUGGACGUGAAAAUGUACCAGCCGCCUGAAAUGUCCCCCAUCGUACAGCAGGUCCAGUGGGCUAAGCAAAUGGAAGCUAAAGUCAAGGAUAUACAAAUGUGUGCUGAAAAAUAUUUAAAAGAGUUUGAAAACAGUGCUGAAUUACAACAACUCUCGGUGCAAGUUUUAAAAGAUCUUAAAGCGAUGUACACUCAGUUACACGAGGAGUGGUCUAGAGAUUUACAGGCGCAAGUCAAAAACGGCAAGCUUCAGCUGUCGUUAGACAAGCCUGUCGUGGAGUUCUCCGCUGUGAGCAAGAUGAUGGUAGUGAACUACAACCCCCGCCUCGUGUGGGCGGGGCUGGAGGCGCGCGCGCUGGCCGCGCUGGGGCUGCCCGCGCCGCCCGCCGCCGCGCAGCUGGACGCCGCCGCAGAGGCCUUGCAGCACGCGCGCGCGCUGCAGCAGGUGGCAUCGUUCCACAACACACUUGGAGAGCGCAUGAUUCCCUCGACGCGGCCGCUGAUGCUGCAGGCCGCCCUCGACUUAUCCACGCUCGUGCAGGACCAGCGCGCCGUCUACUGGAACGACGAGCAGCAGCUCCGCAACUACACCGACAAGCUGAAGAAAGCCGUCUUCCAGCUGGAGUCACAGAAUACUUAUCUGACAAGCCAGCAUAUUGCGAUUCGGGGCAUAGUGGAAACUUUAAUGGACACGGAGCUGUUAGCAAAACAACCAGAAUGGAAGAAGAAAAUUAAAAAUAUAAGAGACAUCAUUGAGGCGGUUGAAGCCAACGGGUACAAGAACACAGAGCUGUGGCGGUCCCACUGGGACUGGCAGCUGUACAAAGCUCUCGAGUGCCAGUACAUAAAGACUCUGCUGUCGUUACACAAGCACUUCCCGCCGGUCAAGGUUGAUUUGGUUCUCCGAGGCCGCACGGUACGUGUGCAACCGCCCUUAGAAGAGAUCCGCGUGCAACACUACCACCAACUGCGAAGGCUGGUGGCGCUGCCCGCACAGUUCGUGGGACUACAGACAGCCGGGGACUCCAUAUUCACCGCCAUCGUCGACAAGCACAGCUGGCUCGGCAACAAAGCGGUGAAGCAACUCGAAGCGGCCCUGAGUGCGCUGGAGCGCACCCGCGAGGCGUGGAGUCGGCGCGCCGCACUCGCCUGUGUACCUGACCUGGAUGCCUUAUGCGGGGAACAUCUCAAGGAGCCUGCCGAUUGGGAAGCUAACUUUAAGGCAUGCAAAGCCUAUGGGCAGGCCGUCGCGAAGAUGGCGUUCGACGACGAGAAAAUAGACUGGAUAGUGGUCGUAACAGCGACACUUCGUCACGACUUCGAAGCGCAAGCCCGCAGCCUGUGGGGCUGCCUCAUGUCGUCCCUACAGGCGAGCUGCCGUGCCGACGCUACCACACUCGACGCCUUCAUGGCGAGCGCCGCGCGCCCGCAAGACGAACACCUACCGAGGAACGCCAAGGAGCUCGCCGAGAUCAGCGCGAGGCAGAAAGUGUUGCAAGAAAAAAUGCCCGAGAUGGAAAAGACCGUGGAAAGUCUGAAGAAGAAAGGCCACAUGCUACGUACUUGGGGCGGCGACGCUUCAGUCGACGGGACUAUAAAAGAGUGGCAGAAGGUUCGGGAACUGAUGCAGAGCCAACAACAAAUGUUUGAACAUCAGGCUGAAAUCGUAAAAUCGAGCUUAAGCGGCGAAUGGGACAACUUAAACAGCGGGUUAGAGGCAUGGGCGUCGCGCUGGGCGCAGGCGCGUACGCGGCUUGAUGACACGCGAGGCGCGACGUAUCAGGACAUGGUCGAUAGAUGCCGCUCCGUGCUUGAAGCGCACGCACAUUGGUUGAAACUACAGGCUGAUAAGGAUGAGUUGCUGAAGGAAUGUGAGAAGUUCAACAUGUCACCCACCGUAUCUGGCUCGUGGGAGCAGGCCGAAAAACUUAUUACGGAAGACAUGAACCUUUGGACGGUGAUGAAAGAGUACAAUGAAGAGUUUGAAUCCAUCGCUGAACAGGACUGGAUUGUAUUCCACAAGAAACUACAUCUAUUCGAUGACUUCACGUCCAAAUGGAGCUCUAAACUUGAACCGUAUACAACUGUCACGUUGUAUUUGAAGCAGGAACUGGAUAAGUAUUCUGAUUUGACCACCCUACUAAAGUAUCUUCGCGGUACCGACUUUACUGAGCGGCACUGGCACGAAGUCUACGGUAUUUUAGAAAUGGAAUACAAAAAACCAGACAGUCUACAAGUCAAGGAUCUCUUGAUUGCUGCGGCCAAUAUAAAGAGACACAUCAAACUGCUACAGAAAAUAAACGCAAGCGCGUCCAGCGAAUCGGCGAUCCGAAGCGCGCUGAACGAACUGGAGCUGUGGUUCGCCGGCGCGCGGCUCGCCGUCACCUACUACAACGACAAGACCAAGCGGCCCGUGCCCAUUGUCAAGGACUUCAAAGAGAUACUUACUAAGAUUGAGGAGCAACAAUGGGUGGUGUCGUCGGUGGGCACUGACGCCGGCGACGCGUGCGCCGCAUGGGAGUCGAGGCUGCGAGCGGCGCGCCAGCUCGUUAGAGCCGCGAGCCAUGCUCAAAGAAGAUGGUUAUACCUAGAGCCGAUCUUAUCCAACGAUGAGGGUGAGCUAGGCAUGAAGUUCCGGAAGGUCGACCAAGGAUUUCGACAGGCCACACGCAUUUUCGAGGCGGACCCCAGACUAUCUGUGUUGUUGCAGUCGGCCCGUCUACAAUCGACGCUGGAUUCCAUUUCAGAACAAUUACAUGCUUGCCAGUCUGCACUCAAACAGUAUAUGGACGAAAAGCGAUCUGUCUUCCCGAGGUUAUAUUUUCUGAGCGAUGACGAUUUGCUGGAGCUGCUCGGUCAAGCACGAGCCGGGUCCGAGGGGCGGGAGACGGUCAUGCAGACGCACCUGAAGAAACUGUUCCCGGGGACCAGUGGAGUGCGGCUGGGGCCUGGCAACAUGUCGAUUACGGCACUUUGUAGUCACUACGAUGAGACGUUCCAGCUUGACCACCCAGUCGACAUUGAUUGUCCUGUCGAGGUCUGGCUCAAGAACCUGGAAACGGAAAUGCGUACAUCUCUAAAGAAUAUGACUAUAAAAUGCGUCGUUUCUAGUUCUCUACAGGAGCAGGAUCCAUUUUCCCUUCCGACACAAAUACUUUGCCUAGCUCAAAACAUUCGAUUUACGGAACAAACUGAAAAAGCUAUUGGGUCCAAAGAUCUUCACAAAUUAAUGACCAACAUUGAGAAAGAGAGUGCAUACUAUGCUGCAACUGAAAUUGAGGAUGAAAGCGAGAAGCAGAAACGACAGGCACUCCUCUUACAGUGCGCUUAUUACAUUAAUGUUGUUCGUACACUGAUUAGCAAUAAUGUUGUUGCUACUAGUGACUGGCUGUGGCAGAAGCAACUCAGAUUCUACAUACAGAGUUCCAAAGAAGUUGUUGCUAAAAUGGGAUUAGCUCAGAUUUCCUACUCGUAUGAGUAUCUGGGGAUCAAUACAGGCCAGUUUGUCCGAACAGAAUUAGCUGAUGAAUGCUUUUUGAUACUGACUCAGUCAUUGCAUCUCGGUUUGAUGGGAAACCCAUUUGGACCAGCCGGGACGGGAAAAACCGAAUCAGUUAAAGCACUGGGUGGUCUAGUUGGACGCUUAGUUUUGGUGUUCAAUUGUGAUGAAGCAAUGGACACAGAAUGCAUGGGGCGGUUGCUCAGUGGCCUAGCGCUGUGCGGCGCUUGGGGCUGCUUCGACGAGUUCAACCGGCUGACCGCUGACACACUCGCUAGUAUAUCGCACCAGCUGGCCUCGCUGCUUGCCGCUAUGAGGGAAAACACUGGACAGGCCACGGCGCUGCUCAAUGGGAAACACGUGACCGUAUCUCAAUGGUGUGGUGUAGCAGCGACCAUGAAUCCAGUGGGAAGGGGCUACGGAGGGCGCCGGGCAUUACCGGCAGCCCUGGAGCGGGUGCUGAGACCCGUGGCGAUGGUGGAGCCGAGAGGAGACCAGUUAGCGAGGCACCUCCUCGCCGCGCAGUGCGUUACUGACGCGGAGGCGCUCGCAGAGGACUUGUAUGCCGUUUUCUCGAUGGCCAGCACAUUGCUCGGCGGGCAGCGGCAUUACGACUGGGGCCUGCGCGCGCUGAAGGCGGCGGUGGGCAGCGCGGGCGCGGCGCUGGCGGCGCGCGGCCUCACACCGCAAGAGCGCCGCGCCGCGUUGCGCCGCGUGCUGCGCCUAAACAACGUAUCCAAGCUCACCGGACACGACGCGGGAAGGUUCGAAAACAUCUUGUCCCUGGUGUUUGCUGACGUGCCGCAAGAGGAGCACGCUACAGACCCAAUAAGUUGCUCUCUCGACGCGUCCGUAACCACGCUCGGUCUUGUGCAUAAUAAGCUUCAGGUUCAAAAGUGCAUCGAACUGUAUGAGCAGAUGCAACAGAGAAUGGGCGUGGUCGUGGUCGGGCCUCCUGGAUGUGGGAAGUCUACCAUCAGGAAACUUUUGAAGACCGCUCUUGUUCAACAAGGCAGAAAUAUAGUGGAGUACAGUAUCAACCCGAAGGCGAUGAGCCGCCGCUGGUUACUGGGUCAUAUUGACGCUGACACGCGGCAGUGGAGCGACGGCGUCAUCUCCUCCACAGCGCUGCAGGUGUCCCACCAACCUUCAGACGUGUGGUCGUGGGUGGUGAUGGACGGCGACGUGGACCCGUCGUGGGUGGAGGCGCUAAACUCUGUGCUGGAUGACAACCGGCUGCUGACGUUGCCGUCCGGCUGGCGCAUACAGUUCGGCGCCAAUGUCAACUUCCUGUUCGAGACGCACAGUCUCGACCAUGCAUCACCCGCCACGCUGUCUCGUAUGGGCGUCAUUCUCAUGAGUGAAGAAAGCAGCUGCGUAGAAGAGGUUAUGGAAAACUGGAUGCGAAAAACGGAGUUUGAUAAUGAACUGGCGAAGAUGGCCCUGUCGCUGCUGCAGCAAGCCGUUAAGAAAUGCAUCCAUUGGUUUGACACACACAAAUCCGAUGUCGUUAUAAAGAUAUACAAUUUGUCGAUCGUUAAACAUAUACUAAGUCAGUUUGAAUACAUAGCUCAGAACGAAGUAAGCGGCGUCAACAAAACACCGGAAGAAUUGAUUUAUUUGGCCAUAGAGAGAAGCGUUGCCAGCAUCAUCAAAGCAAAUGCUAUUGACAAGUUCCAUGAGGAGAUGUCUGAGGUCCUAGGCCCGCCGCUGUCGUACCCCGUACUAUCUGAAGGCUGGGUGACGGAAUCUCUGUACUUGUCUCCGCGACUGGCUGCCGUCGAACCCACAGUCCGAGCUUGCCUCGCGUCUGACGAUUCCCACCUACUCAUCAUUGGGCCUGACGCUUGUGCCAAGAAUUUGUUAGCCGAGUACGUAGCUAAAGAGAGCAACGGGACGGUGAUAACUAUAGAUUGCACACCAAUAUUGGAACCAACAGAUAUUAUUGCAGAACUAAAACGAAAUAAUGUGGUGGGGUCGGGCGGGCGCGGCGGAGCUCGCGUCACGCUGCUGGUGCGCUCCCUGCACCGCGCCGCCGUCGACGAGUGGGGCAGCAGCGCUAUCUGCUCCUUCCUGCUGCAGUUGAUGAGCUGGUCCGGUUUCUGGUCCCUUGGGUCGGAGGAGGAGGGCAUGCAGUGGGCGGGCGCGGCGCGCGUGCGCGUGCUGGCCACCGCCCACGCGGCGCCCCCGCCGCGGCUGCACCGGCGCCUGCACGUGCUGCUGCUGCCGGAGCCGGAUGAUGACGAAAUGCUAGAACUAGCAAGAGCUUAUCUAAGACAAAGUACCGACAAAAAUAUCAGCGACACCGACAUAUCCGGAUUGGCUUCCAGCGUCUUAUCUAUGUACAAAGAGGUCACAGAAACGUUUCGAUCUAAGCUGCAUUACUACUGGAACGCUUCGCAUUUCAAGCGGUGGUGUGAAAAUAUUCAGUGGUAUUCACCAUCCAAUAAAGCAGAACUGAUUACGGCCUUAGUCGCAGAAGCAAACAGCAUAUUUAAAGAUCGUCUAGUAACUGAAGAAGAAAAGGCUAGCUUCAAUUCAAUAUCCAGAAGUUUCUUCAAAGGCACAUAUAAUGAGGGAGUGCUGUUUGCGACCAAGUUGCGUAGCGACGGCGUUUAUAUGGAGGCGGUGGAUCAGCGAGAAUGGUACCACAUCACGCAGAAAUAUAUCAAUCAAUGCUUGUCAGAACGAGAGCAAAGCGUUUUCGGCGAAGACGGCGCUGAGGUAUGCUCUGAACUCGCUACGUUGUGUCCAGCGUUUGCUAGAGCGAGCAACGGUGGCGUGGUGGUGUGCGCGGGCAGCGCGGGCGCGGGGCGCGGCGCGGCGGCGCUGCUGGCGGCGACGGCGCUGGCGGCCGCGCUGCACACUGUGAACCAUCAGCACGAGUUCAACAACCACUUCAAGAAUGCGCUAUCUUCAUCGAGCGAGGGUGCGCGCACACUGGUGUUGGUGCGGGAAAGCGCGGUGAACCACACGACGUUAGCUUGUAUUGAGGCGCUGGAUCGUGCGCAGUCGACGCAUUGCAUACCGGCACACAUUAUGCCGUCGCUUAAUAACUCGCAGCAAACACAGGUUCUGCAAAACAUAAAACAAAACUUGGGCAUAAUCAUAUGCCUGGACAAAGACCAAGACGAUCUAUUUGAACUGAUGGAAAGAUUCCCGCUGCUAUACAAAGACAGCCACCUCAUCUGGAUAGAGCGGUGGUGUGGUGAAACCCUGGCGCAGAUGCCUCAGUUGGUCAUCCAGAGGUUAAUAAAAGAGAACCUAUCGGACUCAUCCAAAAAUCAGCAUGAAGCGAUACCAGUCGAGGGAUUCGUGAAUAUUUACUCCAGUCUCGACGUCGAAUGGAUGAAGGCACCUUGUAGAUACAUCGGCUUCAUUAAAACUUACUUCUACAUCGUUAGCAGGAAGAAGGAAAUGCUGGUGCAGAGGAAAAACAUGCUAUCGGCUGGUGUCGAAGCCCUGAAGCAUGCUCGGAGCGAAGUAGCAACCCUCCAAGCAGAAGCAGCGCAGCAAGAAGCAGCACUGUCAGAGAAGCAAGCUGCCGCCAACCAGGCGCUCGACCAGAUCGGCGCCACCGUGCGCGCCACCACCGACAAGAAGGAGGAGAUGCACGCGCUCAAGCUCAGCAUCGAGCAGGAGAACGCCAAGCUUCAGAUACGCAAACAAGAAAUCGAAAAGGAAUUGGCGUCCGUGGAACCAGUCAUCGCAGCUGCCCGGGCGGGUGGAGACAUUCGUCCAGAGUCGUUAAGCGAAAUCCGUUCGCUGCGCGCGCCCCCGGACGUGGUCCGCGACGUGCUGGAGGGCGUGCUGCGGCUCAUGGGCAUCGCCGACACGAGCUGGCAUUCCAUGAAGAACUUCCUCUCCAAACGGGGCGUUAAGGAGGAUAUUAGAUGCUUGGACGCGCGGCAGAUCAGCCCUGAAGCGGCGGCGUCGGUGGGCAAGCUGCUGGCGCGGCGCGGCGCGUCCUUCGAGCCCGCCGCCGCGCGCCGCGCCAGCGCCGCCGCCGCGCCGCUGGCCGCCUGGGUGCGCGCCAACCUCGCCUACGCCGCCGCGCUCGACAAGGUGCAGCCGCUGCAACUGCAGCAGGCUCGACUACACAGAAACUUACAAGAAGCAGAAGGACAGCUGACAGCGCUGUCAAGCGGGCUGGCCACGGUGGACGAGCGCGUGGCUUCGCUGAAGGAGCAGCUCGGGCGGCACACGCGCGACGCCGCCGCGCUCGAGCUGCGCCUCGCCGCCGCGCAGGACACCAUCCGCGCCGCGCGCGCGCUGCUCGACCAGCUGCGCCACGAGUACGCCACCUGGGAGACUGACCUGGAAUAUAUAUCAAAGGAAAUAUCGGAAAUAGACUUGCGAUCGUUGCUAGCUGCGGCGUAUAUCAUCUCUCCUGACGUGACUGAACCUAAGGCAAUGGAGUAUAUCUCCAAAUGGAGUUUGCUGCUAGGAUUCGAGGACCCAUCGUUUUCGCCGAUUAAUUUCCUAGCGAGCACGGAAAAGCAGCUAAAGUGGGGGGCAGACGGGUUGCCCUCAGACACGUCCGCGGUCAAAAAUGCGGCUAUUAUUGAUCAAUAUCUGGAGUCAAAUAAGUGCGGCUUCAUGCCACUGAUCAUAGAUCCCGACGGAGAAGCCAUUUCUUGGCUCAAGAGCACUCUAGCUGACUCCGCCUGCGAUUUCGUAUCUCAAGAUAGCGAGAAAUUACAAACAGCUCUGCAAUAUGCUGUUAGACUGGGCCGCACGCUGGUUAUAACCGAGGUGUCGGAGGUUCGGCCCGCAUGGCUGGCGGGCGGGCGCGUGCUGCUGCUGGGCCGCGCGGCGCUGGCGGCGCGCCUGCCGCCGCACCAGCGCGCCAGACUCGCCCCGCUGCCCUUCACCGCGCGCCGCGCUGGACUCCAGGAUCAACUGAUUAAUUACGCAUUACAGCAGCAAAAUCCGGAGAUCAAUGAUAAAAUGAAAGAAAUAAAACUGAAGAAAGCUAUCAUGCAAAAACAACAACAUGAAUUGCAGGAAAACCUGUUAAAAGAUUUAUCAGCUAACGUGGAUAUUCUUCACGACGCUAACCUGCUCGCGUCGCUCAACAAGACUCGCGCCACCAGCGCCACCAUCGCCGAGGCGCUCGAAGCUGCCCGCGCCAUCGAGGAGGAAACACAGGCUGCAAGCCGUGCAUUUGCGCCGUCUGCCCUGCGUGCGGCCAACGUGGCGUUGGCAGUGAAGGAGCUGGCGGCGCGGCGGCCGCUGCUGGCGCUGCACGUGGACACAGUGUUGCAGCUGUACGGCGCCGCGCUCAGCCGGGGGGACACAAAAUCUGUUAACGAUGAAGAAGUGAUAAAGUAUCUGAUGAGAAGAAUAGUCGAGCGUGUACUUUUAAGUCUGCACAAGAAGGAUAAAUACAUUGUUGUUUUGCAUCUUCUGAGGCAGGUUUAUGACCAGCUCAUACCAGAGAAGCUUUGGCAAAUGUUCAUUGGAAGCAACGGGUUUGUCGAAGAUUCCACAGUUGUUAAUGAAAUAAAGAAAACAUAUCCCUGGAUACAAAAUGAAUAUGUCAAGAAAAUAGCGCAACUCAAGGCAACCAAUGAAGAAUUAUUCAAUAAAAUGUGUCUAAACGACGAAGCCAUGUGGAAGAAGUUCCAGAGCUCAGGCGAGGUAUCCGACAUCGGCAAACUGAAACUUACAGAGUUCGAGAUCGUUGUGGCGGUGGCUCUGCUGAGGCCCGAGGGUCUGUACAGGGCCGUUGUCACUUUUGUUGACCAAUUACUUGGUUCAGGGGUAAUGUCCGGCGGGGAUACGAUCCCGCGCGCGGCGCGCUGGAGCGGCGCGCGGCCCGUGCUGUUACUGGGCGCACACGCCGCCGACGUGCUCGCGGCGCACGCGCCGAGCCUCACGCAAGUAGGCAUAGAAGAGGGUCGCACGGCGUGGGAGGCCAGCGCGGCUGCGGCGAGAAACGGCUGGCUCGCGAUCAUCGUCGGCGCCUCGCCUUUCACGCCCGAGCUGCAGGCCUUUGUGGCCGCCAGGGCACAGGCACCGGUUGACGAAUCUAACCCGGACUUCCGUCUCUGGAUCGUAUCUGAAGAUCGAGAAAUCCCCCCUGCCAUAUCCAAUGCUUGCGUUAACGUCAUUAUUGAGGCGCCCGAAGGCGUGAAGCCUAACGUGCUGAGCACGCUAUCGGCGUGGGCGCAGUAUUCGGGCGACGUGCGCGUGGUGCGCGCGCACGCCUGCCUCGCCCUGCUGCACGCUAUAGUCCAGGAGCGCCGGGCGUACAUCCCGCAAGGCUGGAGCCGGUGGUACGCGUGGGAGUGGGGCGAGGUGCGCGCGUGCACGCUGGUGCUGCGCGCGGGCGCGGGCGGCGGUGGCGCGGCGCACGCGCUGGUGGGCGCGCUGUACGGCGCGCGCGCGGGCGCCGCGCCGGACCGCGCCGUGCUGCGCGCGCUGCUGCGCGCCUGCCUCGCCGAGCCCGCGCUCGCGCACGGCUGGCCCGGGCCCGCGCCCCACCACACGCCGCUCACUCUGCCCUACACUACUCAACUACAGGCUUACAGCUCAGCAUUCAACGAGCUGCCUGACAUAGACUCGCCACAACUGCUGGGCUUGCCUGCCAACUGUCGGCUAGCGUGGGAGAAAAACGCCGCCGAGGAUAUCGUUGCGGGACUAAAAGAGCUGAACUCGACGGUGGUAAGGAGUCGACAACGCGGAGAUUCCACGGCCCUGAAGAGCCUCCUGGCGCUGUGGAAGAAGCUCAUGUCCGGGAACCCGCUCCUCAAGGGAGAAUAUCAAACGGAACAGGAGAGCGGUGGGUGGUGGGGCGCGGUGGUGGGCGGCGAGGCGCGCGAGGCGGCGCACGCGGCGCGCGCCAUCCACACGGCACUCGGCAAGCUCGCGCGCGCGCAGCAUGCGUCUGCCGCGCUGCUCAGGACUCCGGAAGAGUGGCAGCUGCUGUGGUCGGGGCCGGGGGCGCCCGACGCCUACCUCAAGGAGUUCUGCCACCGCGCGCUGGCCGCCGCGCGCAACGCUGCUCCGCAGACGGAUGACUACAUGCCUAAAGAGGUGGACUUGCGGCAUUUCCUGCGGCCGGAGCGCGUGCUGUGCGCGCUGCGCGCCCGCGCCGCCUCGCGCCUCCCGCACGCCUCGCACAAGCUCGCGCUGCAAGUCGUCUGGGACCCACCUGAAGGUGGCGACGGCGACGGGCUUUCGUCGCUGACCGUGACGGGGCUGCGGCUGACGGGCGCGCGCUGGGACGCGGCGGCGCGCGCGCUGCGCCCGUGCGCGCCCGCCUGCGCGCCGCACGCGCCUGCGCCGCGGCUGCUGCUGCGCCCCGACCAGGAAUCCUUAUUGGGCUCUGAGACUUCAUUCGAGAUCCCCGUGUACAACAACGAGGCCCGCGAGCAAGUGAUCUGCACCGUCCGAGCUCCGCUGCACCACUCCUUGCCGCGCGACACCGCGGUGCUCAACGCCGCGGCGCUGUUCCUUGCACACGCGGACUAGACAACCUGCCACUCUACUGAACACGUGUCUGUGGGGUUAUAACAGUUAUAACAGUUAUGGAACGACAGGCUCCGAGACUGCGUUAGAGAUCCCCGUGUACAACGAGGCCCGCGAGUAAGUGAUCCUCACCGUGCGCGCGCCAGUUUACCACUUGCCGCGCGAUGCCCCGACGCUGUACACGCAGGCCGACUACACUAAACGCAACAUAUCACUCGCACACCUGCCACUACUGAACGUGUGUUUAAAGGUUUAUGAAAAGAUAAUCUCCGGGACCACGUUCGAGAUCCCAAGUGAUAUUCACCGAGCGCGCACUUCAUCACUGGUUGACACGUGACAUCACGCUGCUGGACGGGAACACGUCAAUAGAUUACUUACACCACUGGACGCGUAUCUAAUGGCUUGGGGGACACAUCUGCACAAGUGCGCACCUCAUUCGCUUAGUUUUCUGACUGUCGUAAAAGAUCAAGUCAGUUUAACACGGUCAAACCUCUUUUAUAUUGUGUCACUUAAAUCCUGCACUUAAGUAUUUUGUGUUGAUCUCAGCAUCGGUUACAUUAGAUUAGGACUUAAUUACACAAAUAGGAAAAUGAAAGUGAAUAAAGAGUGUUUCUAAUUAA